ACUACAGUACUGUACAUGCAACUAGACAAGCCCGCGCGCAAGUUCCGGCCGCUCUGGGCGCUCCAAUAUGCGGUGGCAGUAGCAGAGCGCGAGCCAGAGACUGGUGUGCCUACCAAAGCUGUGUGUCUCAUGUGCCGCGCCUUCGAACGCGACGAGACAGAGGGUGCCAAGCGCCGGAAGCGUAAGACAAAAGUACAGUGCUUUUCGCCUCCUUGGCGUCCUGACAAUAUGCGGCGGCAUCUGGAGCAACAGCACGCGCUGCGCUGGGGACAGUACAAGGAUCUGAGUGACGAAGAUAAGCGCCGCUUCUUUCCAACCAAUUUAGCCAUCUCCACACGGCCACGAGUCGAUACAGUGGAAACCUCAGUCGAGAUCGGUGACCAGCAGGUGUCAGAGCGCAAUACAGCGGUAGUGGAAACGAUGAAGCGGUCGAGGACGUUCCUGGUGGAUAAAGACAUUGUGGAUGAGCUACUACGGGGUAUAGAGGGGGAUGACGUUGAGUUUAACGGUUUUGAGAUGCAGGAGAUUGAGUGGAUUGAGGUGGACGACGAGAAUCUGGACGAGAAUGAAGCGAGAUAUGCUGUCAUAGUGGACUCUGGGCUAGAAAUGAACAUUUGCGUUAAGUAUGUGGCGGGUGGCGUGUCGUUUAAACAAGCUGCGGGGUUGUAUCAAGGCGUGAUGGAAGGGAUCUCGGCUACGGAGAACGGACAAUGUACAGAGAGACGAGUGAUGAAUCUUUGUCGAGUUGCGUGUGCAGUGAAUUUGCAGAGGUUGAGAGGUAUUCUAAAAGGUAAAGAGGUGUGGGCGUUUGCGGUGGUGCUGGAACUUUGCAACUGUGCUGGCUCCUCUUUUAUUGAUGUUCGAGUGCGAUUUGAACACGGCGGGGAAAUUCAUAGUGUACACUUGAUCGGAAUUGUGGUGCUGGAUGAAAUGAUGACAGACGAGAGUGUAGACCUAGUGGUGAGAUAUCUUAACGUCAUUGCACCGCAGUGGAGAACGAAGCUGAUUGGAGUUAGUUUGCUAAAUGAUCGGUGUGGGUGUAUGGAGAGAAUUAUGAACCGAUUGGCUGCAGAAUGCGAAGAAUCUAUCUAUUGUGACUACAGCCUUUCAAGUAAACUCAGUCAACUGAUGCGCGAGGCUUGUAGACUCAUCUUGACUGCAGAGUUUACUAAUACCAUGAUCGCUCUGGUCAGCCAUUUACGGAGCCUGAGGGCAUUAAAUUGCCCCAAAUUGGUUGAAGGAUCGUGGGAAUCCACUGUAAAAGUUCUUCAAUGGCUCGUGACAAAUCAGGCGUAUGUAAUCGAGUGCUCGCAGCAGUCUCAAUACGUUGGCUUCCCACCGCCAGAGUGGUGGAUACUUGCACUCGUGCUUACCAACGUGACUGGCCGAGUGAAUAGUAUCCUACAACAGUUGAGCAGUGGCAAAGGACUUCCGCACGAUCGUCAACAUCUUAUCGAUCUGAUGAAUCAUCUCUCCAUGAUGACUGGCGCGGCGGGUCCGUUCAUCCCCUCGGAGUUUCUUUCGAUGUCUUGUGAGGAUAUCGUGAUCGGCUCGUUCUCGCUGAAUCCUGUGACGACUACUACGUUCCUCAAGUCUCAAGGAAACUUCGCCAACAGCGCAGUUGAUUCCUUGCAGCCGGAUACUUACGAGGCCUUGGUGAAUGUCACAAGCAUAUUUGUACUUACUGUGCUGUCAAAACUCAGUCAGAUCAUCGCUGAAAAUAACAACGAUUCCACUGAAUGGAACCGGACGAUCUAUCAAGUGCCAACAUUCCUUCCGAAUACGCUGUGCAAAAUGAGACACCAAGAUUUUGUUGGGAUUAUGCAGCAACAAAGGAUCCGCCUGGAGAAACGUUUCUCAAAUGAAGAGAUUGAGAAAAUCGAAGUUCAACAUCGUGCUUUACGCAAUGCAUAUUUAUUGGAGAAACGUGUGAGCGAUGAGAUCGAUCGUCUUUCCGACUCUUGUUCAUUUUCGGAAGGAUGGCGAGAAGGAAUAAUUGCUGGAGUGGAUUGUCGGGUGCUCCGAUAUUUUUGCGGAGCUUUGGCGGCUGCGGCUACUAGCUCAACGCCCAGAUCGGAGGACUCAGAGUUUAUGUUGAUCAACUGGUGCAAGAUUCCGUUCUCACAGUCGAUCACUGACUUUUCUCUGGAAGCAAUACUACACGCUCAGAAUUAUCGUUCCUGGCCAAAGUACUAACGAACAACGCUUCAGUCCACGAAGCCUCCUUUGUGGUUAAUGAACGCCUGGAAAAGUCUCAAACGAAGAUCGACUAUGAAAAUCUCUAUGCAAGGCGAUGCCGUUAAGCUAUGAAUCUACACGGUGGAUUCGUUGUCGAUGUUUGGCAUGGAUUCGUUUACUGUCUCCAGGUCGUGAUGAGGGUAUCUAGCCGCGCGCACCUCAUUCUCUUGGCUGCGCAUCUCGAGUACUGUUUGUUUUACGUCUCCACUUUUGUCCUCCCACUGAUCGUUGGGGUAGAUCGUCAGAUCCAAGUUCUCCGACACCUCUUUGAGGUGCGAUACAUCCCCCUCUGAAAGAUUCUUGAUCACGACGUUUACAAUGUGGUCAUAGCGUUCCAGCAGCAUGCCGAGGUGGUUGGGCAUGUCAGGCACCGUCCGCUCGAUGAAGAGCGAGAUCGCCAAGCCGACUUGCCAAACAACGACGAAGCUGAAAGCCUUCACUGUUCCGCUGUAGUUCUCGAAGAGGUCUGACGUCCACAAGAUAAGCGCCGCGUUCGUCCCGACGGUUAUGUACGUCAUGAAGCGAAAGAUGUAAAACCACACGCCGAUGCUCUUGGCUGGCUCGGGGAACGGACGACGACAGCCAAAGCAGAGCUUCGAUGCGUCCACAUGCACUUCCACGAUGUUGUUCACCAGUGCUAGCAGAGGUGUGAGUGGGAAGGCCACGACGAACAAGUUGUGGAAGCCGAACUGAAUCGCCAGUUCAUUAUAGUCCUCGAAGGCUUCGUUGCUCUCGUACGGUGCGAGCUUCGCUUGAGCUUCGAUCAAGUUAUGUCCAGCUUUCUUCUUGUCCUGUUCCUGUGUCUUGACCUCAGCGUAAAGCUGGUAGCGAUACUUGAGGUACGGGAUCGCUACUUCUGUUGUAUUACCUACCACGAUGCGAACGAGGAACAAAACCAACAGCUGAUCACGCAGCUCUUUCAUGCAGUCGUCACUAUACAGACAAGAAUCUUCCACUUCCCGCUUGAUGAACGCGAUGUAGAAGAAAGAAGCGAACGAGUUGCAGAACUGGAAGAGGAACACCUUGAUCGCAAGGUAGUUUUCGUACUCGACGUCUGUGCGGUGGUUUUCCAGGUCGUUCAGCUUACGAGCAACGAGUCUGUAGACCAUGUUUAGAAUCAAGAUCUGGAUAGCGUUGCCGACAGUCACAGCCAGCGUCAGUGGCGUUCGGUACUUGAUGUCGACGUUCCGAAGAUUGUCCCUGUCGUUGAUGUAAUGCUUCAACACGAACAGCCCAACCAGCGCAAUGAUGACAAUUCCUACCAUGAACGUCACGACAGUGAUGGACACGACGAACCAGCGGUGUCUUUUUGCUCGGCUCUCGUACGUUAGCUCCUCUGCAUCGGUGACUGGGUUGUAGCUCUUGGUUCCUCGAAACUGAGGACGAUAAUGGAAGACCUCGUUGUACCUUUUGCACCCCCAUAGCGACCCGAGAAGACCAUUCUUCCGCUUCCAGAACUCGGAGAACAUCGACGACCAAAUGACCACGAAGAUGGCGAAGGCGAUCAAGAAGUAUCCCCGGUUAUUGUUGUUCCCUUCAUCAUCUUGUUCUUCUUCGUAGAUUAUCGUGAUAAUCCCUGCGAUGGAUGGAAACAGCAACAUCUUCGUGUAGAACUCGAGCCACGCGAAGUAGAGCGCGAUCUUCUCUCCAAAAUAGUACCGGAUUUUGUGGAGAGGCUGGUACAGCAUCUUCAUGUUCAAAGCCCACGUCGCACGCAACUCAUCCAGCGCAGCUUCAUCGUGGAGUGCAAACAUUUGACUCUUCAGAUAUCCUGCAUCCUGCAGUGCAUCCAAGUUAAUGUGUCGAUCCACGAUACCCGACGCGAGACGAAUGCGGUCCUUCUGGGUAAACAAUGUCUGCUCUCUUGUCCCACCCCAGUUUAUCGGAUAGCGGCGGAAAUAUGGCUGGAACUCGGGCUCGUAACGGUAAUCGGCGAAUGGAGCGAAGUACGUCAUCGGGUCGUGGUGUAUCGAAAAGAUGGACGUCCAGAAGCGACUCCACGCGGGUUGACUGUGGUUGCUGUCAUCUGAGAACAUGCCGUCAGCUUCUUCUCGGUGUCCCCAGCGACGAAGAGCUUUACGAGUUAAUGGGUGGAUCUCAUCGCCGCGAGAGAUAAGAAAUGGAUCCAGCUCCGGUAUAUCCGAGUCGUUGACGGUGCCCCGUUUGUCUCGCAGGAGAACUAGAGACUUUUGCCACGCAUCAGCACCAAUUUCACGCCGCAGAUCCGAGAUUUUAUCUCUGUGGAGCAUGACAUCGAACGGCUUGUUGCUCAGUUGCAGUCGGUAGUUGGUGCGAUCAGCCUCCACACGCAGAUCAUCGUUCUCUGACUUCACCGACAUGAUGAUUUCGUCUCCGUCAACACUGAGAAACAUCCUCGUAGUGAGACCACAAGCGAGCUGCACGCGGCGAGAGAUGGCAGUGGCCACCAGUUCACAGAAGCGACACUCCGUCGUGGACUCGGUGGAGCCAACAAACUUUUUGUACUCGGCUUCGAGUAUUUGCUGUUCAAUGUCGAAUCUGUCGCAAUCCCCGCCACCUUUGUGUGUUUCCACCAUGUCAUUUCCGUGCUCGUCCAAAAAGCAGCGUGCGGUUCGAAGUACGCGCUGGAAAGGACGAUGACUGUGCUUUGAGUUACUUCCAAGAAAUAAAGUGACAAACGCUUGCAUGGUAAACAACUCCGGUUUCUUGAGUUCACCACCUUCACGUAUCGGGAAAAGCAUGACCAAGUCGUUCUCGAACAUGGUGUUUUCAUACGCAUCCGACACUGCACCAAAUCUGUGAAAAAUGGAUGCAGGUUUACUCCUCGGCGAGAGUUCGACUUGGAUCGAAUGUUCAUUCACUGCCGUCUCAAGACCAGCAUCUCGGGCAUCCUCAUCCAUUGCGACCUACUGUUCCUGAAACCUUGUUCUCCAGCGGUUUGAAGAGUGAUAUAGCGUGCAUGGCUUCCAUUUAGUUGGCUCAACUGGGAAGGUCGUGCUGGACUCGGAUGAAACGCAAGUUAUUUUAGCGAAUUGGUUGCUGCUAUUGGCGUGCAACUGGAGCAACUCGUUGAAAUUUCUUGGCAGAAUGAGGUAGUAACAUUGGAAUCCUUUUUGUGCAUUUUGUCACUUUUUAGCUCGCAGUUUUCAAUUUCACUUCGUGCCUCACCACUCGUUUAGCAUAUCGCUGUGAUUGGCGCCA